AUCAACUCCCACAGUGUCUUAUAGUCUUAUAUUCCAUCCUUCACUAUGGGGAAUGUUCCUACAAAAGAAGAACGUGGAGGGUCGUCGUCGUCUUCGCGCAGAAGAGGAAGUUCAAUAACUUCAACAAUAAAUAGUCAUCACAACGGAUCACAAACAUUCCAGGCUCAAAAGCUAAAGCUUUCAAAGAGAAGUUCAACAAAAGAGAAAGAGAAGUUCAAAGAAGCCCAUGCAGCGGGUUUGGUGGUGAAGUAUGACGAGAAUGUUGAUGGCGGAUUUUUGGCCCCUUAUGGUACUUAUAAUUUGAAUCUGGAUUACAAAAUCAGUGUUGUUAAAGAAGCUAUCAUUGAAAGAAAGUUGGCCCCAUUUUUCACACCAUUACAAGAUCAUGAUGAAGAUUGGUCUGAUGAGGAAUUGUUGAAAGUUGUGAAUAAUUUGAAAUUACAUGCACAUCCUUCAGAAGCUGAUGAUGAAGAUGAAGAUUUGAAUUAUGAAUAUGAUGAUAUUGAUGAAAGCACAUUAAGUAAAAAAGAUUUGAAAAAGCAUUUGGUAAAGAAAUUCAAUAAGGAAUUGAAAUUGAAAAGAUUAAAAUGGCAAGAAGAUGAGGAAGUUAGAUAUAGACAGGAAAGAUCCACUUCAAAACAAACUGCUUCUAAAGAUUUAAAGCUAUUACUCUAUAAGAAUGUUAUGGAAUGUCCAAUUUGUUUCUUAUACUAUCCAAAAUAUUUGAAUUAUUCAAGAUGCUGUGUUCAGCCAAUUUGCUCUGAAUGCUUUGUUCAAAUUAAAAGGUUGGACCCACAUUUCCCUCAUGAUCACGAUGAUGACGUCGAAACAAAAGCUAAAAAUGAUCCAAAUCUAUUGAUAUCUGAACCUGCAAGCUGUCCAUAUUGUGCUACCCCUAAUUUCGGAGUUACGUAUAACCCACCAACUACUUUUAGAACUGGAAUUUCAGGACAUUGUUUAGCUGGAUCUUUCAAGUUGCCAUCCACGGAGAAUGUUAUUGUUGAAGGUGAAGAAUCUACCAGUUUUGAUAUUGAUGACAAUUAUUUCAAAAAACCAAAUGGGCAAAGAACUCGUCGUGGAUCAUUACCAGCUAAUAACCCAUCUGUUUUGACUACAGAUUAUAUUAGACCAGAUUGGGAGCAAAAAUUGAAUUCAGCUAGAGCAAAACUGGCAAGAAGAGCAGCUACAGCAAGUGCUAUCCACGCAAGUAAUUUGAUAAUUCAGGAAAACCAACAAGAUGCAGAACAAAGAAUGAUUGAAGAAGCUGUGAGACUCAGCCUCAUGGAAGAAGAGGCUAGAAAGAGAAGAGCAUCAUCAAGUCGGCGUUGAAUUGUAGUGGAUGACACUAAAAAGGGUCCACAAUCGUUAUUUGUUCCACUGUAUCUUGAUUUUACUUUGCCAUGUUUUAUGAUCCGUUACGUAUAAUACAUCUAUACACAUACAAUUUUGGAACCUUUUCGUCGUAUAAUCAGCCUGUAUCAACU